UUCAAGCAGCAUAAAACGGGUAAAGUCCUAACUUCUCCACAUCCAAAUCCAAAUUCAAUUAAUAAACAUAGAAAUCCAACAUUCAACAAAGUUUGCCUACGCGCAACGCAAACACUCUGUUAAAAACCGAUUAUACCCUUAGCCGCCCCUCGAAUUCUCCAUCUCUACCAACGAUGUUCAUGCUGGUCAACUGCUCCCAUUGCCGCACGCCGUUGCAGCUGCCGCCGGGGGCCAAAUCCAUCCGAUGCGCUAUUUGCAAGGCCAUCACGCAGAUAGCCGAUCCACGCCACGCGCCGCCACCGCCGUCUCCCGGGCCGCCCGCCCCGCCCUCUCCCUACACCCACGCGCCGCCUGGACCCCCGCCCAACUCCCACGGCCGAAAAAAAGCUGUGAUCGUCGGAGUAUCGUAUAGAUACUCCCGCCACGAGCUGAAAGGAUGCAUCAACGACGCUAAAUGCAUGAGACAUCUUUUAAUCAACAAGUUCCGCUUCCCGGAGUCUUCAAUUCUCAUGCUAACUGAAGAAGAAACUGAUCCCUACAGAAUCCCGACCAAGCAAAAUAUGCGGAUGGCAAUGUUUUGGCUUGUACAAGGAUGUCAGGCUGGGGACUCCUUGGUGUUCCAUUAUUCUGGUCACGGUUCUCGGCAAAGGAACUACAAUGGAGAUGAAGUAGAUGGAUAUGACGAAACCUUGUGUCCUCUCGAUUUUGAAACACAGGGUAUGAUUGUGGAUGAUGAAAUUAAUGCAUCUAUUGUCAGGCCUAUACCCCAUGGUGCCAAGCUUCACGCCAUAAUAGAUGCCUGCCAUAGCGGAACAGUUCUUGAUUUACCAUUUCUUUGCAGAAUGAACAGGAGUGGACAGUAUAUAUGGGAGGAUCAUCGUCCUCGAUCGGGUGUGUGGAAAGGAUCAAACGGUGGUGAAGUAAUUUCCUUCAGUGGCUGUGAUGACGAUCAGACCUCGGCCGAUACAUCUGCUCUAUCAAAAAUCACCUCAACUGGUGCCAUGACUUUCUGUUUUAUCCAAGCCAUUGAGCGUGGGCAUGGGACCACAUACGGGAGUAUACUAACAGCCAUGAGAAGUGCAAUUCGGGAUGCGGGCAGUUCGGGUCCUGACCUUGGACUUGGAGGCGGUGGUGUCGUCACAUCACUUUUGACUAUGCUUCUUACUGGCGGUAGUGUGAGCGCUGGUGGCCUUAGACAGAGAUCACAAAGAUUACUAUGUUUCUCAUUUGUAUUGCACUUCCGCUCAAUGGAACCCCAACUCACUGCUUGUGAACCUUUCGACGUGUAUGCAAAGCCAUUUUCUCUAUAAUCGCCCUUUCACGCAUAAAUAUUUGGAUAUUAUGUUUUUACCAUUACUUACGCUGUAAUUUUUUAUUUUGCUUGUGGGAACUGUGUUUCUCGAAUGUGCAGUUGUUUGUAAGGAUUUUUUAUGUCUAGAGACGAGGUGUGCCAGACCAUGUGAGCUUGAUGAUUGAGUGCUUAUUUUUUAUAUUAUUAUACAUAGACUGAGAAUGGCGAGAUGAGACAUGAUCCAUAUAUCAAAAUAUAUAUCUCAUUAAUUUCUUAGCUGCCUGUUGGUUUUAAUCAUUUUCCUUUUUUAAUAUUUAUGAUUAG